AUGGCUUUAUUAAGUGAGCAGAUUGGGUCUGGUCCUCCAAGGUUUGAUGGUAACAACUACCAUUUAUGGGCUUUCAGGAUGGAAGCAUAUCUCGAACCCCUCAAUCUAUGGGAAGUAGUGGAGCUUGAUUCUAAUCCACCUCCUCUACCUGCAAAUCCUACUCUCAAUCAAAUUAAAAUUCAUGAUGAGGCAAAGCAAAGGAAACCAAAAGCUUUGACCUGCAUUCACCAGGCUGUCUUUGAGGCAGUUUUCACAAGAAUUAUCAAUAUUAAGUUUCCAAAGGAAGUGUGGGACAAACUGAAGCUGGAAUUUGAAGGCAACGACAGAGUGAAGUCUGUCAAUUUAAGAACUUUUAGGAGGGAAUUUGAUCUCAUGAAAAUGAAGGAAGGAGAAAGUGUUAAAGAAUAUACUUCCAGGUUACUUGAUGUGGCAAACAAGAUCAGAUUUUUGGGCCAAGAUUUUUCAGAUGAAAAUAUUAUUGAAAAAAUCCUUGCCAGCCUACCAAUGAAGUAUGAAUCAAAGAUUUCAGCCAUUGAAGAGUCUAUUGAUCCCAAGACUCUUGGAAUUUCAGAACUGAUGAGUAGGCUCUAUGCCUUUGAAAAAAGGCUAAGCAUUAGAAAUGAAGAAGAUGAUGUCGAAUGA